AACAUCACAGGCGGUUAUUGGUGGGUCUGCGCUGGUGGAACCAGGUGGAUGAAGGCAGGAACAGUCACUGGGUGUUUGAGUCUAGAAAGGUGUGUUGGAGUGAGCGCUCUGCGUCUCUGCCGUCUGAUGCAGAAGCUCGUAUCUUCUGGCUUGGUCUGAUCAUCUGCCCGGUCCUGUGGAUCAUAUUCACCUUUAGCACUCUUUUUCAUUCACGAUCAAAUGGCUGGUGAGAGAGAGUGUGUGUGUGUGUGUG